AUGUCGACUGCUGAACUCGCCCUUACCUACGCUGCUCUCAUCCUUCAGGAUGGUGAAGUUGAUAUGUCUGCUGAGAACCUUCAGACUUUGGUCAAGAAGGCUGGUCUCACUGUUGAGCCUAUCUGGUUCUCCAUUUUCGCCAAGGCUUUGGAAGGUCAAGACCUUAAGGAACUCUUGAGCGGUUUCAGCGCUCCUGGUGCUGCUCCUGCUGGUGCUGCUGGUGCUGCCCCCGCUGGUGGUGAGGAGAAGAAGGAAGAGGCCAAGGAGGAAGAGGCUGAAGAAUCCGAUGAGGAUAUGGGCUUCGGUCUUUUCGACUAA